AUGGAGCUGUGGAGCCGGGGACCUCACAGAGCGACUCAACCUGGAUACAGCAGCAGCAACAUGGGGACAGCCAGUGGAAAAAACACCAGUGGUGAUGGGGAGCCCGAGUCUGGAGUGGGCCUCACAAAACCCUACAGCAGUGAUACACCACAGUCAGAGCAUAAAAACAUCAGUCAUGAACACACCGGUAACACCGAGAGAAACUCCGCACACAGAGCAGAUAAACACAACUCAGACAAAGAAAACAUCGCGAGAGACAGAUGUUACAGACUGACUACAGUGUGUGCGGUGCUGCUGUCUGUUCUCCUGCUGACUGCCUCCACAGUGAUGUGGAUCAAAUGCAUCAACCUGACUAUAGAAAAAGACCAGGUACGGACCAGUUACAACAACCUGACUAUAGAGAGAGACCACUUACUUACUAGUUACAACAACCUGCCUAUAGAGAGAGACCAGUUACAGAUCAGUAACAAGAACCCGACUAUGGAGAGAGCCCAGUUUUUUACUAAACAAGGAUGGAGAUUCUUCAACUCCAGCCUUUACUACAUCUUUACUGAACAGAAGAGCUGGACUGAGAGCAGACAGAACUGCAGAGAGAGAGGAACAGACCUGGUAAUCAUAAAUAGCAAAGAAGAACAGGAAUUCAUCAAUAAACUGCUGAGCAGCAGUGAAGCUUGGAUUGGUCUGAGUGACAGAGUCAGAGAGGGCGAGUGGAAGUGGGUGGAUGAUACACCACUGAGCACUAGGUUUUGGGGACGUGAAGAACCGAACAGUUAUGCAGAAGAUGAGGAUUGUGCUGCACACGUUUCUUCCUUUAACUGGGCUGAUUUGUCAUGUAAUAAAAAGUUAAUGUGGAUCUGUGAAAAGACAAUCUCUUACUGAAUUGCUGCAUUUGAAUAAAACACAGUAAAUUGAAUGUUGUGUGUAUCCGUGUACAGUAGGUCAAUGUGUUGUGUUUGAAAUGUCCUCAUUACUGUAAAUACAGAAACUCUGUAACA